AUGGUUAAGCAUACUCCUGAAUGUUCAUAUUUAGAAAAAUUAUUAGUACCAAACGAUGGAAGUGGAUUUACUCUUAGAACUAGUUAUAAUGAAGAAAAUAAACUUUAAGCAAAUAAAUUAUUUUAGGAAAAUUAUUAAUUUAAUAAUUUAAGGGAUUAAAAAAUAGAUAAAAUAUAACCAUUAAAAGAAACAAAUGCUGAAAAAAGAGAACGUUUAGAACAAAAACAAAAUACAUUAGAUUAAUGGUAUGGAUUACAAAAAAAAACUAAUUUAACUCUUGAAGAAAAAAACUAAUUAGUAUUAUUAAAACUUAAAGGAUAUAUUAAUCCCAAAAUGCAUUUUAAAUCAAGUGAUAUGAAAAAUAUUCCUAAAUACUUCUAAGUAGGAACUGUUAUCGGAGGAAGUGAUUAUGGAGUAGGAAUUGAAAAAAUUUCUAGAAAAAAAAGACAAAAUAAUAUUGCUAAUGAAUUAAUUGAAUUAGAUAAAAAAGCUUAGUUUACUAAAAAAAAGUUUGGAGAAAUAUAAAAAAAUAAAUUCAAAAUUGCUAAGGUUUCAAAGUUAUAAAAAAAAUUAAAAAAAACCUUAAACAUAUGA